ACCGUCCUCCGCAUUGCAUCAAGGGCCGGGAACUCUGCGAACCAAGGCCCGUCGCUGCCGCCUACCAGGCUUAUCAGAAUGUCGGAGCGCGAACAACUGCUGGGCGACUCAAGCCGACAGGCGAGACAAGCGACUUCGUCGACAGGCGACACUUCGUCAAAAUACCACGAAGCUCAUCCCGUGUCACGAUGGAUCGGUGCACUCUCCACUGGAAGCUUACCAAGUAAUGACCAAAUUUUCACUGCGCUGUACAAAACCGCUGGGGCCCUAGAUGGGUUUGCCGCUAUUGCUGCCCAAGAGGGCGAGGAUGACCCGACUUUGCAGAGCCGUAGAGAAUGUCGAGUGAACGAGCAGGCAGAUAAUGCGCCUACUUCACCUCAGCGAGCUGCUCACCAGGUUUUUCGAGAGACUGCUAUGCUGUUUCGAGAGUUUGGAAGAUGGAUCACGCGGCCUGAUGCCGACGUCGUGAUUGAUGAACCGGACGAGCCAGAUGUUGAGAAUGCGGCCUCGAAGCGCAUGGUCAAAGUACCCGACGGUAAUUCCAGAGAGCAGAUUCAGCGCGUUAUCUAUCACGCUCGCAACACGCGCAUCCAAGGUCAAGCUGAUAUACCCAGUGCUGGGAAAACUAAGGAAGCGCCUAUCCAAGUAGGCGAGGACGCGCCAGACCUGCUGAGCGCAGCAACCCAGCUCAUCUUGAAGGUCCUCACUUCAGACGAAGGCCAAUUCCUUGCCAAUGAUCUUUUUCUCGCCUUCAGGAACUCCCUUGCGAACCCCGUCCCCAAAGCACAACAUGUUGCAGCGAUCAUCGAGGAGAAGACCAAAGCAGCUGUAGACGCUAUCCGGUCAUCUGAGUAUGAGUGCACCCAUCCAGUGCCGACAAUCGAACCGCCGAAUCAAUCUGAGGAGGCAGUGAAGAAGGAUGCGCGGAAAGCGGUAAAAGCUGAACUCUCCUCUCCGAGACCAAAUCAAAAUGAAGAUGUCGACAUGGACCCAGAUGAAAUGAUCGAUUACGCGUCGGAAAGACUUGCCUCACUCCUCGGCAACCUCGAUUCCGAUUCGUCAUCUGUCGACGCUCUCGAGACAAUGCUUCAGAUAUGUAAAAAAUACAUUCAGCACGGUGCUGUCUUUGUACAAACGGUGAAGGAAGCGCCGACGACGGCAGGCAACCCCGUCAAGAUCACAAGCGAACGCAUGCAUGUGGAGGCGAAUCGGCAUCUCGAUCGCUGCUUGCAUGCGGCAGGUGAGCUGCUUGAAGGAUUGGCUGGCGGUACAAGCCUAGCCGAGAUCAAGGCUGGCACCGCCAAGCUAGUCCAGAAUGCUUCAGGCGAUGAUAAUGUCAGACAGUGGGUGACCGACAUGGGUGACUUUUUCCAAGAUGCCAUUACUCAGGCGAGGCUACAUACCCGCACUACCUGGGCUGGCGCUGGCAGCGGCGAAAUGGGCACCAGUGCAAGUGGAUCUGGCAGACUGCAGGUGUUCAAGGAGCGCAUCAAGAGUCUACUCCGAAAAGGACACGAUCUUUUCGACUCCAAUCCAGGUAUUCAAAGCGACGUUCAACACGUCAUCGUUCUCCUAGAUAACUUCAAACAGAAAAUCCUGCAGGAUGAGCGCAACGCUUCGAUCAGAGGUCGCAUUACGAAGAUCUUCGCGCUGCUCAACAAUGCCUUGAAAGGUGGUGUGCGCGCUGCAAAACGCGAAUGGAAAGAAUUCAUGGCAGAUAUACUGUCUGUGAUCCUGCCGAGUGCUUUUGACUUGAUUAAGAUCCUACCGGUACCAAGGGUGGAGUUCACUUCCGACAAGCUCGAUGCCGUCGUAGACCACGUUGCCAUUCCAACGGUCAAUCUCAUCCCAGAUGUAGUCAACGUCCAGUCAGCUCACGAUUUUACAUGGCGCAAGGAUGCGGGCAACUCCGACGUCACUUCGGCCUUGAAGGUCACCGUGUCGGGGUUACGCUUUGCCGUCAACGACAUCUCGUUCUACGUUUGCGAGCGAUAUACGUCGCCUCAACCAAGUCGUUGUGGAGGUUGUUGCGGGUGCGGCGCUUCUAGGAGCUGGGGUGAUGGACCUGCGAGCUGGUUCUCAUACGAGGAAAGCGCACUGCUGGAUGCUGGUUUCGAGGGCGAAGGUAUCUCGGCCACCGUGGACCUCAAGACGAUUGAGACGAAGAACAACGAUGAAGAAGAGAAGCGAACUCGUUUCUUUGAAGUCCGUGACACCGCUUUGAACAUUUCACAUUCCUUCGUGUUCAAUUUGCGCCAGAGUAGGCACUGGAUCCUAAAUGCGUUGCUACUCUCGAUCGCACGGCCGACUAUCAAGCUUGUACUCGAGCGUGUCGGCGCGGCGCAACUACAACACGGGUUUGAGAAGGUGGACGAAAAGAUGUUUGACAUUUAUGCCCGUGCUCGGUACCACGCAUGGGAGCGAUACCACAAAAAGGGCAGCCUCGCGGAUGUGAAUCCGGGAGUUUGGCAUUUCCUUCGCGUCCUGUUUAGCAGCACGGCUGGCAAGACGCCUGAGCGCAUCGCUCGGGAGAAGAAGGAGGCCGACGAUGCCAAGAAAGAAGCGGGGAAGAAGCAAGCGGAACAACAUCGCAUCAUCGACUCGCAGCCUCACCCGGUCAACCCAUUGGAGAUCAAGCCGAGCGCUAUCAUCAAAAACGACAAGUUCGGCUCUUAUCAGCUUGCAUUUGGCAUGAGUUCGCAUCUCCUUCCAGGCAAGUCGGGCACUCCCCCAUUGAGCUCGAAGACAGAUAACGCCCUGCCUGUCGGCGAAAUGCCCCCUGCGCUCUCCCAACCCAGUCUUUUUCGGCUGGCACGAGCAGCGCAAGACGAAGCGGUUAAGGCGACCGUCGCGACCACAAAUGUACUGUUUCAGAUUCCUGAAGUGGCCGAGCGCGAGCGGAAAAGGAGCGGGGAGACCGACGGAGAUGAAGAGUAUGCGUGGAAGUCUGCUGCAUUUGACAUCUAACUUAUUGAUAGGAUUGAUCACGCGAACUUGUUUUGGAUGCUCAUGACACCAAGCAUGGAAUGAUUUGCUAUGAUACAAAGAGGACCCGAUUUCGUAUGUUCUGGCUACGGGAAGAUGCUUGCUUUCAUUGCUAUUCAAUUCGUACCUUGAUCAGGUAGAAUGUGCGCUGCUGAUGCAAAUUGGGAUCAUGCAAGGUACUGAUACACAUUUUUUACUUCCGUCCUCUCGAUGUAUUCCUGUGGAGAUCAAAUGCACCAAGUGUG